GCCGUUAACGUACUGUUUAUGACACACGGCGAGGGACUGUUAAGACAGGUGACAGCCGCCCAACUCAUAGAGGGCUAUCCGUUCAGGAUAUUAGACACCAUCGAUGUGGUGACCAAACCGUUGGCCUGGUUUGGCAUCAAACUGCCCGACACGGGAAUGCCUCAAAACAAGUUCGGACUCCUACACGUCAAGAACUUCACCAAAGGUGGUCCCUAUGAGGUGUAUACGGGACAGGGAGGCACCAAGUUUCUCAAGUUUGUCACUUAUAAAGAUAAAAGGACACUGGACUUUUACAAAGACCCGAAAUGCAAUCUACUGAAUGGGACGGACGGCACAAGUAUGGGCUCAUUCCUCACCAAAGACGAUGUCCUCUACGUAUUCAAUGGGGACGCCUGCAGAUCCAUUUACGCCAGAUAUAAGGGCCCGUCGAGUGUGAAGGGUAUCCCCGCCUGGCGUUUCGUACUGCCGGCCGAUCUGUUCGCCUCACCCAAGAAAAACCCGGCCAACCGGUGCUUCUGUACGACCCCUAAGGACCCGGAUAUGUGCGACGGUAUCUUCGAUGUGGGCCCGUGUCAGUCGGGCGCACCCCUCGCCUACUCCUUCCCCCAUCUCAUGCACGCCGGGCCUAAGGUCAGGGCCAACGUGGAGGGCAUGCGUCCCGACCCCGACAAACACGAGACCUUUUUCGAUGUCGAACCGGUCUCGUGUUUGUCGGGGUCGGGACGCAUGCCCUCCACGUUGGCCCUGACCUUAGGCCCGGCGUGCAUGAGAUGGGGGAAGGAGUAG